CUGGUGGCGGCGGCGACUGUUGCCACCGCUGCGCCCAUGUCCAAGGGCAAAGCGAGCCCGCGCGACUUUCCCCUCGCUCGGCGCACAGACCGCUCGACGCUGUACGGCGACGACCUGGCCGCCUGGGCCAAUGCCCACCGUGCACACCUCCGCAACAAGUACAAGUCCAAGCUCAAGAGCUCGACGAGCAAGCAGCAAGCGGCGAAGCGGGACGCAGAGAAGCGCGACACGGCAGGCGCCGCCACGCUGGUCAACUACCAGCACGACAGCACGUUCUACGCCGCCGUCGCCAUCGGCACGCCCUCCCAGUCCGUCAACCUCGUCCUGGACACGGGCAGCUCCGACAUCUGGCUCGGCCCGUCCAAGUUUGACUCUUCGUCCUCGUCGACGUUCACCAACUCUUCGACGCCAUUCGAGAUCCAGUAUGGCUCUGGCUCCGUUCAGGGCACCCUGGCCACCGACACAUUCACCCUGGCCGGGCACACUGUCGACAAGCAGACGUUUGCCGUCGCCACGGCCGCCACUCCGGGCUUGCUCGACGACACCGUGGGCGGCAUCAUGGGCCUCGGCUUCGAGGCGCUCUCGACGAGCCAGUCCACGCCGUUCUGGCAGGGCGCUGCGUUGGACACGAAUGAGUUUGCCUUCUACCUCGCUGCCGUCGAGUCGCUCCAGCAGCUGCCUGGCUCUGGCUCCGAGACGUACGGCGGCAUCUUCACCCUCGGUGGCACCAACACGUCGCUCUACCAGGGCGACAUCAACUGGUCUGACGUCAUCGACGAUGCCUACUGGCUCAUCACUCUUGGCGGCAUCACCGUCGGCGGCAACACCAUUGAUCUGGAGAGCACAAGCAAGACGGCCGUCGACACAGGCACGACCCUCAUAGGCUGCCCCACCGCCGUCGCCGAGGCCAUCUACGCGGGCAUCCCCGGCUCCUCGGCCAUCUCGUCGAUGGACGGCUACUACCAGUUCCCCUGCGACACGUCGGUGAAUGCGACGAUGCACUUUGGCAACCAGCAGUACACGUUUACCUCGUACGACUUUGUCGGCCAGGCUCUCGACUCGGCGGGCGAGAACUGCAUGGGCGUCUUUUUCAGCCUCGGCAGCGACGCCAACGACGAGCUGCAGUACAUUCUCGGCGAUGCCUUCCUCAAGCAGGUCUACACCAUCUUUUCCAACACGGCCAGCACAGCCCAGGUCGGCUUUGCCAGCCUCGCCGAUGGCCUCUCGAGCCACACGACGUCGACGACGGUGGACCAGGUGCAAACGGCAUCGACGUCG